AUGGAUCAGAAAUCCAAUGCCAAGCGACUUACCGGCGUGGGGAGAUCGACCGGUUGUCUGCCGUUCUUGCAGGCGGUGGUGUGGACUGUGGACUUGGGCGUGGCGCACCCGUCGAUGAAGAGGAGCAGGCGGACGUCAGGGAGGAACCGGCUGCGGCGUCUCCCUCGGCCGCGUUUGAGCGCGUCGAAGAUAGCGUCAGCUGCGGUCGUCGCUGAGGUACGCGACCUCGGCGUGGCGGUGUCCGGCGAAGACGAGUCACGGCGAUGUUCGGAGGUUGAAGGAGCGGGGCUGCUCGCGGUCGCGGAUCUGCAACGGGUGCUCGGCGGGGUCGGAGCAGGGCAGGGGCGGGGUGAGGUGCUGGUGCAGGCGCGGAUGAUGGUUGCGAGGCGGCGGCGACACCUCCACGUCUCGCUGGCCCGGCGCCGGAAGUGGGCAGAAGGCACCGGCGUGGGUUGUCUUCUACAAAAACCGGCGGUAGCGACAGCUCCAAGUCUCGCUGGCCCAGCGCCGAAAGUGGGCAGAAGGCGGUGGCGUGGGUUGUCUUCUAGAAAACCGGCGCGCCACCAGGUCCGUGAGCCCUAG